AUGGUAAUUAAUCAGCCUUCAAACCUUAUAAAAUUAACAAAUGUAUCAAUUGUCAGAUUAAAAAAAGAAGGAAAACGAUUUGAAAUUGCAUGUUAUAAAAAUAAAGUAGUGGAAUGGCGUAAUGGUGUAGAAAAAGAUAUUGAUGAAGUACUUCAGAUUAAUAGUGUAUUUACAAAUGUUUCUAAGGGACAGAUUGCAUGUAUGGAAGAUCUGAAGAGGAUUUUUAAAACAGAGGAUAUAAACGAGAUUUUAUAUGAGAUACUUAAAAAGGGAGAAAUGCAAGUAGGAGAAAAAGAACGGUUAUAUCAAAUUGAAAAUGUGUAUAAAGAUAUUGUUCGGACAAUUGUAGACAAAUGUGUUGAUCCGACGACAAAGAAGGCGUAUACAACAUAUAUGAUUGAAAAGGCGCUUAAGAAUAUUGGAUUUAGUGUAAAUUUGAAUAAGAAUGUUAAAUCUCAGGCUUUAGAUGCUAUUAAACAAUUAAAAAAAAGAAAUGUUAUUCCUAUAGAACGUGCACGAAUGCGUAUUCGUAUAGUUGUUCCAUUAAAAAAGAAUAAUGGGUUAAAAGAAGAAUUAAAACAGUUGAUGACAGUAGUUACGGAAGAGGAAAGAAGUGAUGAAUUACAUGCUAUUGCAUAUAUUGAUCCUGGAGAUUAUAGACGUAUUAUAGAUAUUGUUAGACAAGGAAAUCAUGAUAAAGGUUAUGUUGAAGUUUUGGAUUUAAAAGAAAUAAUUGAUGACUGA